CAUCAUCAUUUAUAAGUUGAUUUUCUAAUAUAAUAUGAAUCUGAAGUACCAAAUGUGGUCAAAAACGGAAAAAGUGAAAUACCUCAAUGAUCACACAUCAUGGACAUAGUCUUAUAAACUGCAAUUACAAUUCUGAUUCGGUUCUCAUUUUAACUCUCAAUUGUCUGUACAGGCCUCAACAUCUGGUAUUGGAUGCACUGUUUUUUCCAAACAACAGGAUAAAGAUUUGUGUGCGCUGUAUUUCUAUAAGUCGCAUGGACUGAAAUAUUAAACGUCUCAUCAAAACGAAGCCUGUGCCUUAUUAAUAUUAUGAAUAACAAUUCCAAAGUGAUAGCCCUGCUCUCUACUCCCUGUGUGUUAUUGUAGUGCUCCUUUUAGGAUAGCACACAGGAUUGCACAGGAUCUCUGCAAACAGACAGCUGAUGGUAAAGUCAGCUGUCUUUAAUUGACUUUCUUCUCUUUGAUCAAGUAGACACCACUGUAUCAAAGUUCUUGGCAAUGGUGGCAGCAGUUUUGCCAGAUUUUCAGACCUACUUGGACAACCCCUUGUUGGCUAAAGAUCAAGUGAUUAACGAGGUAAUAGGAUUGACCCAUUAGCAGCCUGCCGUCCCUCUGCCAGCUCCUCACUUUGAUUAGAGAGAGUGAGCCUUACGCAUCGGGGAUCUUAGAAUCAGAAGCCAAACUAUCCCUCAAAAAUUGUUUAAACCCUCCUCUUUUUUUUUUACUGCACCAUGGGGCAGGAGGAGAGCAGCAGUGAAGAGAUGGAUUUGGCACAAAUUCAGGAUCUUUGCAUCAUUUUUAUGAAGGAGUGUCCCAGCGGGGCCCUGCACCUGCACGAGUUCAAGAGGAUCUUCGGGGUCCCGAGCUCCUCAGAAGAAGAGUCGCUCUACAUCGAGACGAUAUUCCACUCCUUCGACACAAAUCACGAUAACGCUCUGGAUUUCAUCGAGUAUGUCGCAGCUCUUCACUUAAUCUUAAGAGGGAAUAUUGAAGACCGACUAAAGUGGUCCUUCAAGUUGUACGACAAGGACGGGAACGGCAAGCUGGACAGACAUGAAGUGAAGCGCAUCAUAAAGAUUCUUUACAAAAUCAAAAUCCAGACGACUGACAUCAGCAGCAUGACACCGUCUGAAAUCUGUGACCGGAUCUUCGAGCUGGUCGAUCAGAACGCUGACGGUCAGAUAAGCCUGUCCGAGUUCAUGGAAGGGGCUCAGAAGGACGAGUGGUUGAUGGACCUGCUGAAGUUGGACGUGAACGCCAAGGGUUGGGUCAUCCAGAACUGUGGGAAGACGCCCUGAUUCUUCACGCCGUGGGUUCUCCGCCCACAGGAUAUGAUUUAAGGCUGACACACAGCUGCUCGCUUGGGUUUUGACUCCGUGUCGAGCUUCUCGGGACUUUUGGAGCUGCACGGCUGCAUGGUGUGCAGAGGUUUUAAACCCCGGUGCACAGGUCCAGUCCUGUCUGUAUGCAUGUGCUCUGUUCUGAUGUUAAGCUAAUGUGGCUAACACAGAGAACGCCUGCUGGGAAAUGCAGAACAGCCAUUUGUUGUGUAUUUGUAUUUAUUAUGUGUUUUAAUAGUAUGUUUGAUAGUGUAGUUGUCUCUGCAGAGGGGAGGGUAAGGUACAUUAACUCAAAUGCUGUUCUUAAGUACAAUUCUGAGGUACUUUACUUGAGUAUUUCAAGCUUCAGCAACUGUUCUCAUCUACUUUUAAUAUUGCAUUUUUUAAUUCCUGUUCAUUUACCUGGCAGCUUUUUACAGAUUCAGAUGAUUAGCUAAUAAAAAAUAUAAAUCAACUAAUAAAUAAACAUUUACAUAUCAAUCAGAAAGCCAUUAAAGUGCAAAUAUACAGUGCAUAUAAAAGGUAAAAAACUAACAUUAAAUACAGGCAAACAAAAAAUCUAAUCAAUUAAAAAUACAAUGUCAUGUUAAAAAUCAGCUCCAGCUUUACCAGCUCUAAUGAAACAACAUGAACCCAUUAAUAAUCAUAACCCGCUUAUUUCCUAUAUAUGAUCCGGAAAAAGGAAAACAUGCAUACUUUUACUUUUCUUUCUAUAAGUAUAUUUGAAUGCCGAUAAUUGUGUACUUUUACUUAAGUAAGAUUUGAAUGGCAGGACUUUUACUUGUAACAGAGCAUUUUUAUGAUGUAGUAUACUUCAGGUAAUAUGCGAGUUCUUAUUCUACCUCUGAUUUAAAUAGCUGAAUAUUUAGCGACCGUAUAACGCUUUGAAAUAAUUACUUUUACUCAAAUAUGGAAGUUAAAAGAAUUAGACUUUCCAUAACUAAAGGAUCUCAGUUUAUUUUCACUUAGUGGCCAGCAGAACUAACUAACAUCUUGAUCGCACAUUUUAUUAUUUAUUCAUUCAUUUAAAGGUUCCUUGUGGCGUUGUUGCAUGCAUGUGGAGAAUACAAACACAUUUCCAUUUAUUUAUGUGGUUAUAACAUGCAAACAAUGGUAUGCUCAAACAAUGUGGCAGUUUGAUCCAUUCAUUUAUUUUUGUACAAAUCUGAAGAGACAUUUUCAGGUGAAAGU